AUGGGUACUGCUAUUCAACGGUUAUUCCUGAUUGUAUUGUAUAGAUUAUUACUGGUGGUAUGGAUUGAUGCAAAACUGAUCUCACGCGAGCAGUUAUUCAGUGAUCCAGCCUACUCAGAAGUGACACUUAGCGCUGAUGGUAAAACAAUUGCAUAUUUGUCACCGGAUAAGAAUGGUAUUCGCAAUGUUUUUGUGCGAUGCGUUACCUGCAAAGAGAGUCAACAAGUUACUUUCGAUCAUACUGAUAUUAAUAGUAUCGAAUGGACAGCUGUAUCGGAUAUAAUCGUGUAUUAUCAAGAUACAGAUGGUGAUGAAAACGACCGAUUGUAUAAACUUAAUAUCUCCGAGGUGUCAUCUUCGUCAACGAAGGAUUCUCAAAAUCUGGUAUCAAUAAGUGAUCAACCGAAAGUGAAAGCAUUCGUGAUAGCGAACAAUCGUCGCGAUCCACGUCUUCUUGUCGCUAUUAAUGAUAAUAAUCCACAGUAA